AUGUCUAACCUUCGUGGCCAAUCAGAUCGCGAAAAGGAGCUAUCGAGAGAUACAAACAAAAAAGGUAUACUGGAAGCUAGCCAAGGAAGUUCCGCAACGGAUUUCAAAGGGACUGAGCCUGAUGUUGACUCUAGUUUAUUGGAAUAUGCUCUUCCAGAGUGUGUUAGUGCCCCACUCACUGAAGUGCCUUGCGGAUGUACUGACCAUCUGGAAAAAAAGGAAGUUGACGUGGUGCUUCCUAUUCCAUCAAAAAAACUGUUUGACCUUCUUUUUAAAGAAAAAUCAGUGCCAAUAUGGCAGGCACUUGAUAUCAGGCGUGGUGCAUCUAAUCGGAAAGAGGGGGUGUGGCAACAUGGACCAACACCCACACGAGAAGUAUCAUAUGUCUUGGCAAUGAACAACCCGCUAUUGAAAUUCAAAGAAGUUGAUGUAAAGGAAACCAGUAAAAUCAUCAAACAGACCGACUGGAUAACAUACUGUGUCGAACUGAAAACACAUGCUCCUCAAGUCCCAUUCAGUGACUGCUUCAACCCAGUGAUUAGAUAUUGCAUAUCGUGGGUGACUAAAGAUACAUGUAGAUUGAUUAUAACCAUCGCGGUGAAUUUCACAAAGGGGACAAUCAUGAAAAGUGUGAUCAAGAGCAAUGCCAUGAAAGGACUGCAGGAAACAUGUACAGAUAUUGUAUUGGUUUUAAAGGAUGAGAUUCGAAAAGAGAAUGCAAAACGCACAGGCAAUUCUGCCAUUGCACUGGAAUUUGAUGGUGCCGAUUCUUCAGUUGGUGAAAAUCAAACAAGUGGUCACUCGAAUCCUGACAGCAGUUUGGGUCCAAAUGGAUCUGGCUGCAACUUGGCUGUGAAUCCAACUGUUGCAUUGGUUGUGGUGAUUGUUGCAAUUCUGUCGCUGUUUUUGAAUCUAUUGACAUGGACAUACAAUGGAACAGACAAUCGAAUAAGUUCCCGACAUGAAGGUUUGGAAUCAGAUUCAUCCAUAUUAAACUCUCCGUGGCAUUUUGGACAAAUUGACUGGUCGACCGAGCUUAAAUCCAAACAGCUUGGCACUGUAUCUCCAAGAAUGAGAGAGUUUCUUCAACUCCAAUUCAAUGCCACGAUAUCAGACGCACAUAUUCCACACAUGCUCACUCCAUCCAUUCCAGACACUCUCACGCACACUCUACAUAACAUGGAGUUUGGCCAAACCCAUACGACACUACUUUACUGGAAAUCCAUCAUUGCUGAUAUCCGCAAAGAAGUUGAAAUUCUUGUUUGCAUGCUUGAUGAUAUGGAAAAACAUUUGGUUUGGGCAUUAUACUUUAACUGGGUCCAAGAUGUUAUUCUUUCCAGAUGUGGUAACAAUCAAACUGUGGGCAGUACAAAUGCCAACCAGAUAUACUGUUUACAAGUUGUAGAAAUUGAGGCUGUAUAA